AUGAUGACCUCAUCAGUUCUCAAUUUCGUGAACACUACAUUAGAUUGGGUGACAUAUGCUUUAGAUGCUCCUUCUACACGAGCAGUAGUUUUUGGAUUCAAUAUCGGUGGCCAUUUAUUUAUCGAAGUAUUUCUCUUGGUGGUUAUACUUUUCUUGCUUUCCCAGAAAAGUUACACGCCUCCUAAGAGGCCUCUGACAAACAAGGAAAUUGAUGAACUAUGUGAUGAGUGGGUUCCACAACCCCUUAUUCCUUCUCUUAAUGAAGAGUUGCACUAUGAACCACCAGUGCUGGAGAGUGCUGCUGGGCCACAUACCAUAGUCAAUGGUAAAGACGUUGUAAAUUUUGCCUCAGCAAACUAUCUUGGGCUUAUAGGUCAUCAAAAGUUACUUGACUCAUGUUCAUCUGCUUUAGAGAAAUAUGGCGUUGGUUCUUGUGGUCCCCGUGGGUUUUAUGGAACAAUUGAUGUCCAUCUUGAUUGUGAAGCGAGAAUAGCGAAAUUUUUAGGAACACCUGAUUCAAUUCUGUACUCUUAUGGACUUUCGACCAUGUUCAGUGCUAUUCCCGCAUUCUCUAAAAAAGGAGAUAUAAUUGUGGCAGACGAGGGAGUCCACUGGGGAAUACAAAAUGGUCUUUAUCUUUCGAGAAGCACAGUCGUAUAUUUUAAGCACAAUGACAUGGAUUCUUUAAGUAAAACUUUAGAGAACAUUACUUCCAAAUAUAAGGGGACAAAAAAUUUGAGGCGAUAUAUUGUCAUUGAAGCUCUCUACCAGAAUUCUGGCCAAAUAGCACCCUUAGAUGAGAUCAUUAAAUUGAAGGAAAAAUAUCGUUUUCGUAUUUUAUUGGAUGAGAGCAACUCGUUUGGUGUACUUGGAAGUUCUGGAAGAGGUCUCACCGAACACUAUGGAGUGCCAGUUGAGAAAUUAGAUCUUAUAACUGCUGCUAUGGGACAUGCAUUGGCCACAGAAGGAGGAUUCUGCACCGGAAGUGCAAGAGUUAUAGAUCACCAACGAUUGAGUAGUUCUGGCUAUGUCUUUUCUGCUUCUUUGCCUCCAUAUCUUGCAAGCGCAGCAAUUACAGCUAUUGAUGUCCUUGACGAAAAUCCCAAUCUGUUAACAAAAUUGAAGAACAACAUUGGUGUGUUAUGGAAAGGGUUGUCGAAAAUACCAAGCUUCACAAUUGCUAGUCAUCCAGAGUCACCAAUUAUUUAUUUGAGAUUAAAGAAGUCAACAGGUUCUUUGAAAGAUGACCUACAUCUGCUUGAAAAUAUCGCCGAGCGUGUUUUGAAAGAAGAUUCUGUAUUUGUGGCGGCUUCAAGAAGAUCAACACUUGACAAGUGUAAAUUGCCUGUAGGAAUUAGAUUGUUUGUCUCUGCAGGGCAUGAGGAGUCUGAUCUUCACAAAGCAUCUGAAUCAUUGGAAAGGGUUGCUGCAUUAGUCCUCGGUGAUCGUAGUUGA